CGGCAGGGCCGAGCGCCCGGCGCCGCGCCCGCCCCUUCCCCUUUCCCUUCCCCUUUCCCUCCGCGUUCCCCGUCCCUGCCCGCGGCGGGCCCGGGCGGCUCCCGCAGCAGCACAGCGGCCGCAGGAGUCAGGCUGAAGAAUAAUGAAUUGAAGUGACGGACACCAUGACAACCGUAAGACAGAGAAGGGUUGGAAAAGGCACAGAAGCAGCUGAAGAUCAGCCUUCAGAGGAGACAAAUGUGAAGCCUGAUGGGAAAAUUCUGCCUGAUCCUCCAGGUGGAAAGCUGUGGAGCAUACUGUCAAUAACUGUUGGUGGAAUUGUUGCCAUCUCUCUUGGACUUCUUACUUCUGUGUAUGUGGCUACACUGCAUGAAAAUGACCUGUGGUUUUCCAAUAUCAAGGAGGUUGAAAGAGAAAUUUCAUUCAGAACCGAGUGUGAACUUUAUUAUUCCUACUACAAACAGAUGAUUCAGGCUGCUUCCAUUCAGCAAGGUUUACAUGGUUUAGUAUAUGACAAUAAAACUGAAUCUGUGAGGACAAUUAACAUACUUGAAAGAAUGAAUGUUUACCAGGAGGUGUUUCUCAGCAUUCUGUAUAGGAUUCUUCCAAUUCAGCAAUACCUAGAGCCUGUUUAUUUUUAUAUCUACACUUUGUUUGGACUUCAGGCAGUUUAUGUCAUUGCUCUGUAUGUAACAAGCUGGCUUCUUAGUGGAACAUGGCUUUCAGGGUUGUUGGCAGCUUGCUGGUAUAUUACAAACAGAGUAGAUACUACAAGGGUAGAAUUCACCAUUCCUUUAAGGGAGAACUGGGCACUGCCAUUCUUUGCUGUUCAGAUAGCAGCCAUCACAUACCUACUCAGAACUCAUUUACAGCCUGCUCAAGAAAGGCUCACACUCAUGGCAGUAUUCAUAGCAACGUUUCUCUUUAGCCUGACUUGGCAAUUUAACCAGUUUAUGAUGCUGAUACAAGCAUUGGCAUUGUUCAUACUGGACUGCUUGGACAUGCUUCCCACAGCAAAGGUUACAUGGCUCUAUAUCAUUCAGAUUUCUGGGCUACUGCUGGUCUGUGUCCUACAGUUCUUCAAUUCUAUGAUUCUUGGGUCAUUACUUAUAAGUUUUAAUGUUUCUGUCUUAAUAGCAAGAACAAUCCAGAAAAACCUAAAAAAGGGUGGCUUGCUUAAUAGGCUUGGGAAACUUAUCCUCCAUGUUCUACUAGUUUUGUGCUUGACUCUCCUCAUAAAUAAAUUCAUUAAGAAAAUUCUUAAUCUUGAGUCAGAUGAGCAUAUAUUCAAAUUCCUGAAAGCAAAAUUUGGAUUUGGAGCAACAAGAGAUUUUGAUGCUAACCUGUAUCUUUGUGAAGAAGCCUUUGGUUUGCUACCUUUAAAUACUUUCUCAAGACUCUCCAGUACAUUACUUUUUUACAUCUAUGGAUUUGUUCUCAUCCUUCUGACAGUAGCAGCUGUAAUUGUUGCCUUUCGGAACCUCAGUGGUUCAAAUCAAGUCCGUUUUAAGGACAAAAUGGAAGAAUAUACAGUGACACUGAAGCCUGAUGCUGCCUACAGCUUAGCUCACACAGUUCUUUUUGGAUGUCUGGCGUUAAGCACAAUGAGGAUGAAGUACCUCUGGACAUCCCACAUGUGUGUUUUUGCAUCCUUUGGCCUGUGCAGUACAGAGGUUUGGAAACUCAUCCUGAAGUGUCUCCAUCUCUACACAUCCCAGAGGACACAGGUGAUUAAAUAUUCUAUACCAAUAAUUACAUUACUGUACAUCUCAUUUAAGUUCUGGCCAGGAAUAAUGGAUGAACUAUCAGAGCUGAGAGAAUUCUAUGACCCAGACACUGUGGAGCUGAUGAACUGGAUUAAAAAUAUUAUUCCUGUGAAGAAGAGUUAAUUAUCUAUGCUUUAAAUACCAGUCAACAAAAUUUAUGGUAAGUUUCUCAAAAUGGGACAGAUUUUGUUAAGUUUGAUGUGUAAGAGAACACUUUUACUUUACUAAUACUUAAUAGUUGUGCUGUAGUUAAUGACCUGUCAAGGCUGGUGUCAGGAACUAAUCAUUCAUUAUUAAAACUCAGUAUGAAAAGCUCUAAUUUGUCAUGUAUAGCAGUGAAUUAAGAAUAACUCAUCUGUCUUGCAAUCUCUCCACAACAAGAAAACCCUUCUGUCCGCUUAGCUCUAAAUGCAUAUUAACUUGUCCAGAUAUACAAUCUGAAUAAUGGCCAACUAUUAGUCUGUCCCCUGUGAAGUGUCUGCAGAUGCAUUUCUUACUCUUCCCCUCACUAAAAUUGCCAUAGCAUUUUCAGGAAGAUUAACUGGUUUGUAUCUGUACAAUUCAGAGCACAUUUUUUUACAUAAUGAUCUUGCAUAUCCCAGUCUUCUGCUGUUUUUCCUACCCACCAUCUCAUUUUCUUAGCUUUUUUCCAAAAAAAAAGUCAAGAAUCCAAUGCUCCACAGUUCUGUUCCCAGCUGGGAGGUACAUUAAAAUUCUUAGUUUUGGUCUUUCUCCCUAAGACAACAGGAACAACAUGCUCAUUUGUGAGAUGGGGAGGAAUAUCAGUAGAAUGAGCAAAUCAGUAGCGUGAACUUCCCUACUCUGUUUACUCCUGGUAAGUGCUAAAGAAGCAAUGUCUUCUGCCUUUAAAGGGGAAAUCUGUCUACAGUUGUGGAAUAUAUCAGAAGCAGUUGCCAAAACUCACAGAAAAAGUUCUUUAAAAUCUUGGGCAACAGCCAAAACAAUGGAAAAGUUAACUGAGGCUGAGAUUCAGCAGAGCAUUGUUGGAUGUCAGCUGUACCUGAACCAGGUGUAGGGACAAGCAGGCAAAUAUGUGUGUUAAUGCAAACCCCACAAAUUUCCAAAAAGCUCCUAAGGUUAUGCAAAUGAAACACCCAUGUUUCAUGGUGGUUCUUUCUUUUAGUAAUUUAUACUAAUUUAUAUUAAUGGCUAUAUUUUAAUUUCAAGCCAGCUUUAAAGUUUAACUCUGUUACUUACAUUCCUUAUUUUCAAGGCUAUCACACUGAAAUCAACAUGUGUUCCAGACUUUAAAGGCAAUAUAUUACAUUUUUUUUAAAUUAUUGUUCUUAAAUUCUUGGGCUUUUGUUGGACAGACAUGUGAGUAAAUUUCAGGCAUGAACUUGGGAGUGCCUGAGAAGUAGAUUUAUACCAGCUGUGUAGGUGCAGUCCUUUAUGUGAGCAUAAUCUGCAUGCAUAAAAUUGAAGCUGGGACUCACAAAAACACAUCUUGUUGUUCUUUCUUUGUGACUGUUGUUUUCCAUUUUUGCAAUUUUUAGUCUUUCCAAGCCAGAGGGAAAAAAAAAGAACCAUGACAGUGUGAUUGAAUGUGCUUUACUGCCUAUCUUCUGCAGCUAAAUCUGUGAUGUUUUAAUAUUGCAUUCUGCAAAUAAAAAGAUUUUCUUUUAAAGAAAAAGAAAAAUCUAUCAUGGCGUAUUCCUCAGAAUCUCCUUUUCUCAAAUCCUUUCACUUUGUUGAUUCAUACCAUACUCGGGCACUAGUAAAGGAAUAAUCUGUGACUUGUUAGAUUUUAUGGCUUUGAAAGUCAACUACAGGGUUCAAGUCUGGAGGACUUCUACUAGAAAUAGCCAUUUUAUUUCUGAUGAUGUAACCUGUAAUUGCAAUGUUGGCCAUUUCUUCCUUAGUGCUUCUUAAAACCAGCUCACAAUAAUUCUUUAGUAUAUUAAGAGAAAGAAUUACUACCACUUUCAGAGUCUGUGUAAGUACUUCCUGUAAAACCCUUUUAUUUUUAAUGAGUUAUUCUUUCGUAUUUAUAUAAUUCUCUAAAUUCUUAAGUGUAAGGUAAAGAAAAGGUUCUUACACUGUAAUAUAGUGCUUAGUUUACCCAUUAGCUCAGCUGUAAUUAACUUGUUGAAAGCGUAGAGCUUCAAAAAUAAAUGAGAUUAUUUGUUCAAAAUGCCAUCAGGUCUGCUUGGAAUGGCAUUUAAAUUAUAUAAUGUAAAUCAGUUUGACCUGUAAGUCCUUGUCAUUAUUUAGUGACAUUUCCUAGAGAAUAAAUUGUUUGCAGGUUGGGCAGUGUGGUAUGGAGCCUGGCAGAGAGCUAUAAAAACAAAUUAUCCUUUCAUUUUAUACAUCAUUUGCUCAGACAGUUGUAAAAAUGGCUUGGUUUUAGUGUAAUGGAGAAGUGUCAUUCAGGGGGUUGCAGCACAGGAGGUGCCCUGGCUGCAGAGCAUCCCUGGGAUGCAGGAGCCAUCCUGGCCCUGGGAAUGCUCCUCGGGGCUCCUGUGUCCCCAGAACUCAGCAGUGGCACCCACAAGAGCUCAUGGGGAGGGAAUUGGAGAGGGCAGACAGUGCUCUGUGUCUCCUCCCACUGUCACCUGCAGUGUCACCUCCCAGCUCUCUGCCCAGGGCACUGAAAUCCAGCACUUGUGCUCCUGGCACUGCCAGUGCAGCACAGGGAAACAGGGCUUCCAGUAGCUCCUGCUGGUCUGGCAACAUCCGAGCUGGCUAGUGAAACAUGGACAGUGAUGUGUCUAAGGAGUAUCAUUUCCUAGGACUUCAAACCUGUAAAUCUCAGGGAAACAUCUGCUUUUACCUGGAGCACCAGAUUUUAAAGUCCACCCCAGACCAAAGCACUUAAAGCAGUUGUUUGAAAAGCAAGAAGGGGUCACUAGAUUAUUUUCAAGCAAUAGGGAGAGUAGAAGUGUGGCAAAACUCUUUCUGUGUGGUAAAGAAUGCAACUCAGCUGUAUUUCACCCCUUCUGGGCAGGAGUGAAUGCUUUUGGAAAGGGGAGGAAUGGAGCCCUGAAUCUUCUGCAGGGUCCAUUUCCUGAGGGGAGAUUCACUGAGGGCUGCAGCUCCAAUCUCUGCUCCCUGUGACCAGAACAGGGUCAGGCUGGAGAUCAGGGAAAGGUUCUGCUUCCCCCGAGGUGCUGGCACUGCCCAGGGAUGAGCACCGCCCCGAGGCUGCCAGAGCUGCAGGAGCGUCUGGACAGCGCUGCCAGGGAUGCACAGGGGGAUUGCUGGGGGUCUGCAGGGACAGGGGCUGGACUGGAUGAGCCCUGUGGGUCCUUCCAACUCAGUGUGUUCUGUGAUCCUGCAUUUUUGACAAGCAUUUUUACCAGUAGGUUAUUAAUAAAGGGCACUAUCACAUUUAGCUUUCUUUUUAAAGAAAAGAGCCUGCAGGCUGGUUUGGCUUUUUUGUUUGUUUGCUUUUUUCCCUGUGGUUUUGCCUUUGGUACUUGUUGGGAGGGGCUAUGUGAGUGGGUUUAAGAAAGUUUGAGUCUGCUACAGAGCCCAUUAUAAUGCAAAUCUGCAAUCAGAAGAGCAGGGUUGCCUUGGUAAGGCCAGUCAGGUUUUAAAAUUUGAACUAAUCUUGAACAACCACAGAAACCUACUUGUCACAUUAGAAGUUGACUGGCCCUGCCAUAAACACAGAAACAUGUUGAAGAUGCUUUAAGACUCAUCAUUUUUAUUUGGGUGUCUAAGCUCUCCCCAGUCCCCUUGAGAGUCCAGCCCAUGUCCUUUGCAGCUUAGUCCUACAGACUUGUGCUUCCCCACAGCUCCAGGGAUGAGUCCUGACAGCCUGUCAGGGCUAUCCCAUUUGCAUAGUACUAAAUUCUAUCAGGAAUUAAUUUCUUUUAAUGGAACAUGUACUUCAGGACACUUGUGGCUUUGCAUAUUUUAAGUAAUAAAUAAUUUCUUAAGAGAUUAAAUAUUUUCAGACUUUAAAAUUAAACAGGUUUUAUAAAGUGCUGAAGAACUAGUCUAUCAGGAAAGUUAAACUGGCCUAUUAAAAAUACUAUCUCUGGCCUUCCUAGAUGAGAUUAAUGUACCAGUACAAGAUUUUUUAGGAAGGGUUUGUAAUUAUUAAUUCAUUUGCUAAGCAUAAUCUCUUGAAAGGCGAUAAUAAAAUUUAAUACUUGUCUCAACAUUUUCAAGCUGAUCAUGGAGCUUAAAGAUGAUGACUGAGUGUGUAGCUGCAGUUUCCAAAGGCUCCCUAAAGUGCACCCCAAACUGUCCCAGUUACUGGAGUGCUUUAGUGUGUGCAUGGGGGUGUUAGGCACCUAUUCCCAUUCUAAUUUCAUUUUAGUUGAUUUAAUGUGUGCUGCUUUCUGUUGGUUUAGUCUUCACAGACCCUUCCAUGGCUAUGUGCCUACUAAGCACUAGAAGUCACUUCAGCAUACUCUGGCCAGUUCCAAUUAGCCUGAUUACAGGAGUGUCCAUUGCCAGGCAUUUUUACUUUUGUUUUUGCUCUGCCCUUCUCUUGUGUCUUUGCAAAUAUUUUAGAUUGUGAACUUGCUGGGAAGAAGGUGAGCACAAAUUUUUUUUUUCAUUAUUGGUACUUGAAUGAUCUUGAGA